AUUUUGAAGUUUGCUGUUCUGUUGCUGACCCGGAAGUAGUUAAACCGCGCUGUGAACAUCUCUUUCCCUGCUUUCAUCUUCAGCUCUGAAUAUGUGCUGCUUUUUAGUCAGUAUGGAAGCCUAACACUUUCACUGUAUCACCCACCCCCCUUCAUGUGAAACGUCAUCCCAGCUGCAGCCUCUCCAUGAACACCACAUCAUGUGUGUUUCUGCUCCAACUGUCCAGGAGGGGGUUCAGGCUUUGUGCGUCCAAAGCCCCCCGCUGCAGUUCCGGGGCCCCGAGGUUAACAACAAUGACUUCCUCUUGGCGUCCACAUAUGUCCCCCCCCUCUCACGUCUCUUGCAGCCGCUCUCACUCCAGCAGCAUCAAGGUGCGCCCCUAUCUCCAGUACAUGAAGCGCAAGAUCAUAGCCCCCCCUUGUCCUCCAUACAGUCACGUGUGCCAGGUGGGGGACCCGGUGCUGCGUUCACAUGCAGCUGCUGUGGACCCUGCAGCUGUACCCGGCGCUGAGGUCCAGCAGGUCAUCAGGACUCUGGUGAAGGUAAUGCGGAGACUGGAGUGUGUGGGGAUGAGCGCGCCUCAGAUCGGUGUGCCCCUCCGCAUCCUGGCCCUGGAGUACCCCGAGCAGAUGUUGAAGGACAGUUCCCCCUCAUCCAGGGAGGCCCGGGGUAUCUCCGUCCAGCCGCUGAGGGUCUUUGUCAACCCCACGCUGAGGGUCCUGGAUGGACGCACGACGCUCUUUCAGGAGGCCUGUGAGAGCCUCUCAGGCUUCUCUGCCACCGUGCCUCGCUACCUGUCUGUGGAAGUCUCCGGUACGCAUGCUCGGGGGGGGGCGGUGACGUGGCAGGCCAGCGGCUGGCCGGCUCGGAUCCUCCAGCACGAGAUGGACCACCUGGAGGGGGUCCUCUACAUCGACCGCAUGGACAGCAAGACCUUCAUCAACAUCCACUGGCAGGAACACAACGAGUAGAAGAUCCUCAGGACACAAACACUGUGUGGAGCUGAAGACGUGCAGUGAUUUGAUCUGAUUCUCCAUCAUCUGUGUUGCUGUGUCUGCGCCAUCUUUCAUGUGAACAAUGUCCUGACAUACAGAAUGUGGUACAACCUGGAUUCUGUUUGUGAUUGGAUUAAGAGCUCAAAGUCAAUAUCAAUGACCUUAACCACUGUUUGUGUUGCUAGAAGCUGCCGGACAGAAACAGCAAUGAUCGUGCAGAUUAUCACUUUAGGAAGAGAGUCAUGUUGUGUGGACCUCUGGUCCAUUUGAUGAAUAAAGAGGCCAAUAUGUUCGGAAUAAAAUGAGUGAAUGUCUGCUCACAUUGCAAUGAAUAAAUAAAACAAUUGGCAAAAAACAGAUAAAAAAAGAACAAAGGAUAUUGUUAGAGCCAGU